AUGAUUUCUGUGAUGAACGGUAUCAACAAUCCGGCAUCGUUCGGCUUCUCCGGAAGUUUUAUGGACAAACCGUUUUAUCAGAAAUUUGCCACUACUUACGUUGCAACGCCAGCUUCUGUAGCUGCAGUUGCAACCAUAGCUGCUGCAACAGCCGCAUCAUCUUCAAGUAUUUCAGUAUCAAGUGCGACAAACGAAAACGACAGGACUGGUACCCCACCCGCACUUGCAACAAGUUCAUCUUCGCAAGUAAUGAAUGUGAUGAGUAGUAUACCCGGCACGCACCAUGCUCAUGCCGGACACUCCCAGCAUUAUCCUUAUGGCUGUGACUGGACAUCUCCUCAUCAAGCUGCCGCUGCUGCUCAAGCUGCACAUCUCUCUGCGCAACAAGCUGUGGUACAACAGGCUGCUGCUGUUGCGGCUAAUGUUGCUUCUGUUUCUUCCGCUUCCGCAUCAUCCUGUGUGCCAUCGUUAGGUUCUUCAGGGGUACCAUCACCAAAUGCUGUAGCCAAAGCUGCUUUUCUUUCACCGUCAACUGCAACCGGUUUCGAUAUGAUGAAUCCAAUGUGUCAAGCAGAUUUUUACGGGUCUAAUUUUCAUGCAGCUCAUGCAGCAGCUGUAGCCACCGGGCAUACAUGGGCCUACGGUUAUCCGCAACAGUAUCCUUUUGGUGCACAUCCAUAUCCAGGAAGUAUGGUAGCUGAUAUGACUGGCUUAGCAGCACAGACAAUUACGGUAUUUACAAUUGAACCCUACCUUGUAUAA